UACAACUCUGCCUGCCAUACAGGUUUUUUUUCUUUUCACUCAAAGCCUAUAACAAACAUAUUGAAGUGUCGUGGGGGUGAAGUUUGAAAUCGAUGAACACAUAAUCCAAGAAAUUCCUCAACCAAGUUUUAGAUUCUGGUUUUGCUUCAUCUUUCACAACACGUAAGUUCUCCAGCUUCAAUCAGUUUUCGAGGAGGGAAAAUGAGGAAAAGGAAAAAGAAAAGAUAAGUACUUAGUUAAGGUAAUUGCAAACAGAAGAUAGCGGAGGAAAUCCAACAGCUGGUUCAGUGAGGUUGAUUGAUGAUCAGUAUGGAUUUAAAAGGUAUAACCUGGGUGGGGAAUGUAUAUGAGAAAUUUGAAGCCAUGUGCCUAGAGGUGGAAGAAGUUAUGUACCAGGACACAGUUAAAUAUGUUGAGAAUCAGGUGCAGACUGUAGGUGCUAGUGUCAAAAAGUUCUACUCCGGUAUGAUGCAAGAUGUGAUGCAGGAUUUGCUUGUUCCAUCUUCUUUCGAGCCCAUGAAAGCAGUGGCAGCCUCUGACUUGCCAGAAGAGAUAUAUGCUGAGACAUUAAAAGAGCCUAAUGUAGGUUUAGAGGAGGAUGCCAUACAGGGUGAUAGAGAGCAGUUGACUGAAGAUUCAGAAGUAAUUGCUGAUGUUAAUGAAAAUGCUGCCCAUGUGCCUUCGUCCUGCCAGCUUCACAUGGUUGAUAACAUAUUUGAAUCAUGCUCUGGGAGUUUUGUGGAAAGAGCAUCCUCUGACAUGCUUUCUGGGGAGCAUAAUAACAGGAGUACACUUAAUAAGACAACUGUUGAGCAAUUACUCCCAGCUGAGGCAUCUUCUGAAGCUGGUUGUGUGGAGAAUGAGUUCGGCAGGAUGUCAUCAUUUUGUGGGAAUGCUAAUGCAAAUCAUGAAGUGUCUUAUCACCAGAUACCUGCAACAUUAACCCCGGUUUGGGUUGAAGAAGAUGAUUGUGACUCCAUAGAAGAAGGUUCUAAUGAAAUCAGAAGUGCAAGUAACUCUGUACCUGAAAUUUUACCUGAUGGUUUACACUUGGUUGGGAUAGUUGAGAAAAACGAACUGGAGAUGAGAUGUUCAUCCUCUAUUAUUGAAUCAGAAGAAUCAAAUGGAAAAUUAAACUGGACCAUGGAUGCCUCAGGGAGCUGUACUGUUGGUAGAAAGGAAAAUGAAACUGUUCAACAAUUAGAUAAAAUACGAGUUGAUGAAAGUUGUUUCAUGGUAGAUGGAGCUGAACUUCAUUUUCAUCCUCAGAGGGAAGGCAAACACAAAACUUACCAGAGAAAGAUUCGUGAUGCAAUUUCUUCAAGGAUGAGGUCAGCAAGGAAAAAGGAAUACGAACAACUUCCUCUAUGGUAUGGAGAUGAUGUAAAAUCUGAUCAAGACUCUGAGGGGAGUUCAACAUCGGCUGUAACAAGAGAGGAUACAAGGAGAACACUUAAUCAUGAUGUCUUGGAUUCUGAGUGGGAGCUUCUCUAGGUGGAGGAUGUCAGCUUUAUGUGCAUAAUCAAAUUAACCUCGAGGUUACUUCCAUCCAUCCCUGCUGAAGUGCUGAUGAAUUAAGUGAGAUGCUGGACUUGAUGCUAAUGGUGCCCAACUCACACUAUUGAAGUAGCAUUUAUGAUACUGUGGCUGUAGGGCAAAAAAUGAAAAGGAAAAGGAAAAGGAAACACCUUUUCCGGUUACGAUCUAAAUAAUUAGUAUACAAAAGUUAUUAGCGGACCUAGUUCCCCUGUUUGCGGAAACAGAGGCAGAGGUUCAAUAGGGUACAAGAUGUUAAAAUUUCAGCAAUCUGUAAGCCAUCUAAAAGUUUAUUCAUCAAUAUGUAAAUAUUUUUAUUGUGUAUGA